AUGGCCGAUGAGAAUCCACAACCAGUUCUACGCAAAGGAAAAGAAUUGAUUGAAAAAGUCUUGGACGUCUAUUCUCAGACUUGGACCAAAAAUGAAGAGAAUCACCUAAAAUUAAAAUCUAAGCUCAGUUUCAAUUGUAAUGGUUUUGACGAGGCCAUAGUGACUCAGGAAAACACUCCUCUGAGGUCUGAGGUGGUUUACGAUGGAGACAAGAACAAGACCACUGUGAUGGUGACAGAGGAGAUCUUCAGCACAUUUGCAAAGACUCACCCUUUCUCAAACAAAAGUCUGGACACAUGUGCUGUUGUUGGGAAUGGGGGGAUUCUGGCCAAUAGCAGCUGUGGAGAGGCCAUAGACUCCGCCCAAUUUGUGAUCAGGUGCAACAUGCCGCCACUAGAGGGCAAAUUCUCCAUAGAUGUGGGGACAAAGACUGAUAUUGUGACCGCGAAUCCGAGUAUUCUUGUAGAAAAAUAUGGAAGACUUCUGAACCAUCGCCGUCCCUUUGUUGACCACGCCCGUCUCUAUGGUAACGCCAUGCUGCUCACUCCCACGUUCUCCUACAGUCACAACACAGAGCUGAUCCUACGCGCCUUCUACACCCUCGAGGACUUUGAGCUAAAGACCCGACCCGUGUCCAUGAACCCAAACUACCUCAAAAACCUGGACCUCUUCUGGAGGUCUCAAGGUUUAAAUCCCCAAAAAAGGCUCAGCACUGGUCUCAUGAUGGCCAGUUUGGUGUUGGAGAUUUGUGACAAUGUGCAUCUGUAUGGAUUCUGGCCAUUCGAUCUUCACCCACACACUAAACAGCCGCUCAGUCAUCAUUACUAUGAUAACAGACUGCCUACACCAGGGUCUCACUCCAUGCCAGCUGAGUUUGAAUUGCUGCUAAAGUUCCAUAGAAAAGGGGUCCUCAAACUUCACCUGGGACAGUGUCCACCUCCCAAAUAA